AUCGCACUUAUUUAUCACAAUACAAUAAUUUAUCAAUCUAUAAUUGGAAUUGAGGCCAAUUUUCGUGAAAAAUGUCAAUUUUCACUUGAUUUUGUGUCAGCAGUGAAGCAAGAUGGCUAACUCGGUUAGUCCGGACUUGUCAGUGUUAGACGACAGUGUAAAACCAGGCGAAUAUGUGCUUCAAACUUUGUUUCUGGAGUUCUGCACACUCUCUGAGAAGAAAAUUGAACAAGUUUUGGCUGAACCACUCGAAAAGCUGUUGACCAAGUCCUUACAAAAAGGAGAUGACAAGGAUUUUGACCAGCUUUUGAGUGCACUCGGCAAUGUGGCAGAGCAGAGUUUACCUUCCCUGUUACGCAGUUUGUUCCGCUGGUACGAGCGACAGCUUAUGCUGGACGAGGGUGGACACUCAGAACCAAGGCUGAGACAUAGAAGCAAAGGAAGCAAAGAUUACCUCUGUGAAAGAAGGGAUCUUGCUGUAGAGUUUGUAUACUGCCUGGUCCUCAUAGAAGUUUUAACCAAGUUGUCCUAUCAUCCAGGCCAUGAUGAUCUGGUCGGGAAAAUCAUCAGCCAGGCUUUCAAACAUUUUAAAUACAAAGAUGGUCUCCUUAUUUUGGAGUUGAAGAAACCAUACAUAUUGCAGACAAACCCAAAUGCUGCAAACAUAAACAUCAUAGCUGACCUGUAUGCUGAAGUGAUAGGAGUGCUCAGUCUGGCCAGGUUCCAGCCAGUGCGUAAAACAUUCAUUCUGGAGUUGAGGGAACUAAAACUGCGAGACCAGACCCCGUACACAGCGCAAAGCGUGAUUAGUCUCCUCAUGGGACUUAAAUUCUUCAGGGUCAAGAUGCACCCUAUUGAGGACUUUGAGCAGUGUGUCCAGUUCCUACAUGAGCUUGGCCUGUAUUUCCUGGAGGUUAAAGACAAGGACAUCAAACACGCGCUUGCCAGUCUCUUUGUUGAGAUACUUCUUCCUGUUGCAGCGACUGUUAAGCACGAGGUGAACGUACCGGUGCUGAAGAACCUUGUGGAGAUGCUCUAUACAAACUGCGUGGACCUCUCCAGCAAACAGAAGUACAAACAGCCGCUGAUCCCGAUGGUGACAUGCCUGCUAGCGGUUAGCCAGAAACAAUUCUUUCUGAACAACUGGCCAUACUUCCUCACCAACUGUCUGUCCUUGUUAAGGAGCAAAGAUACAAAAGUUUCCCGAGUGGCGCUUGAGUCUGUCUCUAGGCUUGUUUGGGUGUACAUGGUGCGUAUCAAGUGUGAGAGCAACCAGUCAACAACCAGUCGUCUUCAGAGCAUCAUCAGCAGCUUGUUUCCGCGAGGUCAAAAGGUCGUCUUUCCCAAGGACAUGCCACUGAACAUCUUUGUCAAGAUCAUACAGUUCAUUGCCACUGAGAGAAUUGACUUUGCCAUGAAGGAAAUUAUAUUUGACCUGCUCAGUAUUGGGAAAAAGUCCAACUUUCUCACACCAGAGAGGAUGAGUAUUGGUCUGCGUGCAUUCCUGGUGAUAGCUGACAGCUUACAGCAGGGUGACGGAGAUCCACCCAUGCCUCAAUCGAAUACCGUCAUGCCCUCGGGGGCAACUGUACGCACCAAGAAGACCUUUGUCACCAAGACGCUCACGGACGAUGACUCCAAGCAUAUCGGUCUACACCAGUAUGUGCCCUACCUGUUAAAAACAUUUGAUUCCAUGUUGCGGAAUCUGGAUCUGAAUGUUGGUCGGCCAUUACUGCUCACAAAGUCGGAGAAUGUGAACAAAGAGCCUGAGGAGUUGCUAACUGGAGACAGGAAGUCCAAGAUGGACCUGUUUCGGACAUGUGUGGCAGCCAUUCCUCGCCUCAUUCCAGAUGGCAUGAGUCGUAUUGAGCUAGUUGAGCUGGUGACGAGGCUCACAGUACAUUUUGACGAGGAGUUACGGGGCCUCGCAUUUCAAGCCUUACAGAACCUCAUGCAGGAGUCCGAGGUGUGGAAAGAACAUGUGAUCAGAGGAUUUGUUCAGUUUAUCCAGAGGGAGAUAUCUGACACCAAUGUCCAGCAGCUGGACAGCUCACUGAGGCUCCUCAUGCAGCUUGUCUCCAAGUACACUACCACCACACCCAAGUACACCCAGUUAACUGGUAGCCUGCUAGCUCUACAUGAAGUGGAAGGUCUGGCUCUGGUGAUGUUGUGUAACCAUAGACUGGUCACUAGAAAACUCGCCACACAUCUUUUGAAGGAAGUAAAGCUGAUCUUCUCCACUGCUGUGGCUUUCCAUAUUGAACAGACUAAAACUGUGAGCCUACUGGAGAUGAUGGACACUCAUUGUCACACUGUGGUGGAGAAGCUCAUGCCGAUACUGUCACUGACAGAGAGGACUUUCAUCCUGAACUCGUCCAGUAUGGACCUACAGUGGCUACUUGAACGCUCAUCCAGUGUCUGGUCCAGCCAUGACAAGAAAGAUGAACCGAGAAGAGAGUCUAACUUCUCUAAGGUUGAUCCCUGGAUGCAAUGUGUGGCGAUGUUUGUAUCUAAGGACCUGGGAAUGUCCAUAUGUCAUCUCGCUGUAGCCCACGCCUGGCCCAUAGUCUACACGCGGCUAAAUGUGCUGUACAAUCUGCUGGAACCAAACAACAUCAUAAGUGAGCACCGUGCGUCCUCAUUUAUCCGGUCAUCUGGCAGUAAGAAGGUCACAACAGAGAAGGACCUUCACAUGCAGCUGUGGCAUAACUACGUUAUCUUAACCUGUGCUGUGGCUCAGAACACACCCAUCACUGAAGCCAUUAACAAGUACACACUGCCCGAACCAAGUGUGUUGACAGAGGAUGGAGGGGAAAAGCCUAGUCUGGGGUCCCUAUUCAAGCAGCUGGUGCCCUUGAUUCGUUGUGAGAGCGCAGAUAUAAGGGACACCAUUGUGAAUGGCCUUGGAUACACUAACUCUUCUGUCUUGAAAGAGCUGAUGGAAGAGCUAGUCCAACUGUUGAAGGAAGCAAUUGAGAGGAAGACUGAGAACAUACGUAAACGUAGGAAGAAAGAUGUCCUCCGGGUACAGUUGGCACACAUCUUUGAACGGAUGGCUCAACAUAAAACGUUUUCACAAAGUGAAUCAGCAGUUCUAGACAAGGAUGACCACAGUUUGUCUAAAACGUUUGUGGAGUACAUUGACGGUGCUCGUAUCUACUUAGAGGGCGAGAGUGACCGGGACCUGCCCACCCUUCAAGAUAUACGUCUACAUUUCAGCAAAUUCGUCAGGCACCUCAUCUGUAACACACCAGCUGAAUACAAGAGCAACCUGUUGAGCCGAGAGCUGCGAUACAGCUUGUUUGAUCUGUUUGCUAGCUGGAGUGGCAAGUUCAGCCACACUUCGAGCGCAAUCGACAAAAGGCUAACCAAGGAUGAUGGAUGUACCGAGUUGGAGUUGGCAGCGGUACGGGCCAUGUCAGCGGUCGUCUGUUGUGGGCCAGUGUUUGACACCAACGGUCUCAAUGAUGAUGGCUACAUCUACAACUGGCUGGACACUCUCCUCAGCUCACAUGACGAUAGGGAUAGAUCUGUUAAAUACAAGAUCUAUGAGCUAGCGAAGGAGACAGUGGUAUUGCUGCUUGAUUUCAACUCGGACAACCAGGGCCUGCUUGAUUGGGUCAUAGACAGGUGUUACACCGGUACCAACGAGGUUUCUGAUGGAUGCUUCAAUGCCCUGGCCGCUGUCUUCCAGGCCAGGGAGUACCCUUGUGACCACGUAGCCAUGUUGAACCUGGCUAUCUUGAACAUUGGCAAUCCACGAAUGCCAACCCACGAGACUGCUGUACAGCUGCUUCAUUUGUUGGACAGGCGUUUCUUCCAGGAAGAGUCUGUUCUGCGGGACAAGACUGAGCUACACAAGCCCCUGAAUGAUGUGUACCUGUCUGUGUCAUACUGCCGAUCACAGAUGUACAUAUCAGACCAACUCGCUCGUCUCCAUCCUGAUCUGACUCUCCCCAUAUUUUCUGAAAUCACCCAUCGGUUCCAGACAGCCAAACCAGCAGUCAGACAAACCCUUCUGAAAUAUCUGUUGCCAUGGUUACACAACAUGGAGCUAGUGGACCCCACCCUUCCCCAGAGCAACCCCCUGAGUAUGUUUAUAAUGCGCAUGCAUGACAAUUACACUGAGACGGUCAAACCCCCAUUGAAGGGUGAGGGCUGGGGGUCACAGGAGGCUACCAAGAUGGUCCUCAACAAUCUCUUCUACAUAACUGUUAAGUUUGGAGAUGACCAUCCCCAGGAGUUGGAAGCACUGUGGGCAGUCCUUGUCCAGUGUUGGCCGAACAACAUCCGAGUUGUGAUGCACUAUAUGGUCAUACUGAUCAGUAUGUCUGCUAACGAGUUACUGCCACAUGCCAAAAGGGUAGUGAGCUACAUAGGCCGUGCGCGACCAGAGCGACUUGUGGAUGAACUAAUGGCUGAGUUACAGACUGUGGAGACCCUCAAUCUCAAUAUAGAGCGUACCCAGACCCCACCAUUCUUCCGUCUGUCCGUCAUCCGGCGCCCAACGAUCCUCCAGAACACUACUGAUGACGAGAAGUUGGAAAGUAGUGUUGCCGACAUCACUUUGGAGAAAGGCCUACUCCACACGAAACGGCACAGUGCUAACCCAGAUGAAUCUCUCACUGAAACGACAACGCGGACAGAGUCCACCCAGGAGAGUGACGACUCCAGUAUCUCCUCCGAAGAUGAAAUCUCCAUCCCCUCUGGCCCGAGGGGUGGGUCUGAGCCUAGACGUAAUGAGGUGAACGCCCCCUACCCCCUCCCCAUGCCAGCAUAUGGGGGAUACUUUGCUCCAAUGUCUGAGUACCUGCCUGAGAGCAUGCAAGCAUCAUCAGGCUUCCACAGGAGCAACAUAGCGAUCAUGUUCAUGUCAGACCUGGUGCUGGACGGGCUCGAGAUUGACUGGUCAGCCCACCUGCCACUCAUCCUCCAUGUCAUCUUCCUGGGUGUUGACCAUAACAAGGAGCUAGUAUAUGAGCACUGUAAGAAGCUGUUGCUGACCCUGAUGUUGCUGGCCUCCGCCAACCAGGACUGUCCGGAGGUGGCCAGGCUGCUCCUCUCCUACCAGACAAACCUUGAUGAUACUCUCCAGCUCAUCUCUGAUAGCAAGGAUACCUCCGCUACGGAACACACUGAACAACAACACACUACUGUCGAAGAGCACCAUGAGCCCCGGCCCAUUUUCCGUGUGGACAGUUCCACCACCCUGAUGCCCACCACACCCGGAACCCCACCAACCCCAGAACAGCCAUCGUCUGAGUCCUUCACUGAAACAGACCCAGACACACUCAAUUCUGUCCUUGAUAUUGUCAAAGCUGUUUUGGAGGUCAUGAGCAAAAGACGUGGGCGCCCACUCUGGUGUUAUGAGGACAUCACGCCCAAGACAUUGGUGACACAGAGUGCCGAGCAGCUAGAGUACCUGCUAAGAUUUGUUGUCAAGUUCUUCAAGCACCUUCUACCCCUAGCGCUCGUGGAACAGCGCUGGUCUCAGGUUGCCAUGCAGCUGGCAUUAUCGUGUUCUUCUAGGCAUUAUGCCGGCAGAUCCUUCCAGGUGUUGCGCGCCCUGCACAUCCGGCCAUCAUCCCAGAUGCUGGCUGACAUACUAUCCAGACUGGUGGAGACUGUUUCUGAACAGGGCGAGGACAUGCAGGGUUAUGUGACGGAGAUCAUUCUAACCAUGGAAGCCGUUGUAGACAACAUUGACCUUGAUAUCAGACCCAUCGACUACAUGAGGGACAUCUUCAUGUCAACACCCAACCUCGCCCAGAACCCCGGGGACGGGCGGCGGGGUGUUCUCAUGGCACCAAAACACCAGCCCCAUCCACAGCAGCAUAUGAGGAGUGUUAGUUAUGCUGUACAGGGGGUGGCCAGUAAGGUUGCAAGUAUGCAAGACACCCGUAACAGGAGUGGCACAGAUCUUGAGAUGCGUAAGUCCAACCUGCCAAAGUCUCGCAGCGAGAAGAACAUGAAGAACACCGAACAAGGGGAUAAGAUAACUAUCAUGACUCAGAUGUUCUGGCUGGCGGUCUCCUUGUUGGAGUCAGACUAUGAAUAUGAGUUCCUACUUGCAACCAAGUUACUAGAUAAGAUCCUACAACACCUACAGCCAGACCGGCCAGAGUGUCGGGAUAAGCUGGACAAAAUACAGCAGCAGAUCAAAUGGACGAACUUCCCAGGGAUCCAGAAGUUGCUCCUCAAGGGCUGUACAUCUCUAGUAGCUGCGGAGUCUACCUGGCAGCUGUUGACCCGACUGACCAUCUGUAUCAACUCUUCAGUCAUAGAUCCAUCUGGAACUCAUGGUUUCCCAAUGAAUGUGAUUGCCCUGUUGCCGUACCUUGUGUUCCACUAUGAGAACCCAUCUCAGCUGUGCAGAGACUCCGCUGAUCACAUAGCACAGAUGUGUUCCCAGAAGUCUGACCGGCUGAACAACCUGGGGACAGUAAUGUCCCUGUACAGUAGGGGUACAUUUAGCAAGGACAGUUUCCAGUGGACGAAAUGUGUGGUCAAGUAUCUUCAUGACGUCUACAGUCAAGCCAGUCUUAAUAUGGUCAGCUUUCUAGUGGAGGUGAUGGAGAAGGGUCCUCAUGCAUACCAGCUGCCAGUCCUGCAGAUCCUUCACUGUAUGGUCCACUACAUAGACCUGAACACCCAGCCUGCAUCUGUGCUGAACCAGGACCUCUUCCACGCCGUGGCUAAACACAUUGAGGGUCCCCACUAUAAGGAAGCCAUCAAGAUCAUGAAGCUGACUGUUGCACGUUCCUCUACACUGACGUCUGCAGCCUCCAGUUCAUCUGAGCAGACGUAUGCUCUCCAUAGGUCCUUGGCUGAGAUAGAUGUCCUUCAUAAGAAAGAACUCCCAGGUCGCACCCUAGACUUCACAGUGGACCUGUCAAACACAGCGAUCAUCGGUCGUAAGUUCCUGAACCAGGAGAUCCACCAUGUACCAUCCACAACAGACUCUGGCAGUACGCCCAGUAACCAAUCAUCUUUGAGCAGAAAAGGAUCAGGCAAUGAGUCUGACACUUGCUGGAGGAAACCACAAAACUCCCAGGCCCGUACCCGGGAGAGAUUGACGGAGCUGUUGGCCUGUUAUGGACAGAAGCGCCUGCCCAAAAGCCCUUCUGAACUUUCUUUAAACAAGGUGAUAUUCAGCCAGUACAGUGACACAGUGGACCCCCAACCCAGCAUCCCAUCCAGUGGUGAGGACUCCAUACCCGACAUUGCUCAGUCCUCUGAUGGAAUCUACAGUGUGGACAGUAGUGGCCUGGACAUUGUAAAAAUGACCAUUAAAACCUUUGACUUCCUUGGGGAGUAUGAACCAGAAUAUGACUAUCCCCCUAGAGAUAAUCUGCAUGACAAUGAUUACUUCACGUUUGACUCAAGUCGUCGUCAGUCAUUCAAUGAGAGCCAGGACGGCAUGUUUUCUCAGAGGCCUAACUUUGGAAGCACCCCGGACCUCCAACGUCUGAGUAAACUGACACUGGCGGAGAUUCCUAUUCACGGCAUCUCAACGGACAGUAUCAACCUGGAUAGGGAGACACUCUCCGGCAGGGAGUCAGUUUCCUCAACCCCUGAGGAUACCCACCGUCAGUGCACCACACCUUGUGCCAGCAGUGUGAUUGUCAUACAGAACCCAGGUCUGGAAGAGGGCAGGGUCUCCAGUCCUCGUACUGCAUCAAGCCACAGUCUGACCAGUAUCUGCAGCGACGACGACGAUGAUGAUGAUGAUGAUGACCUUGACACAGUGAAUCUGAGCGCCAGCGCAACAUCUAGCACAUUCCCGAACUUCCUUGUCUCAUACAUGUACCUUGUUCCACCAUGUGAGGAGGUCGAUGAGAUGUGGAAACGUCAUGUGACAAAGGUCAUCUCAGAGUCAUCUGUGAACAACACCAUCUGUACCUCACAGAUCUUCCCUAAACUGUACAGGGAAUUGAGGCGGAGGCUUGCAACUUUGACAAAGGAUGCCUAUUAUUACAUUUCCAAGACCGAAGGCCUGAAAAGUGUUGGAGCACAGCUAUUGCAGGCUCUGGACACAAUGUUUACUGACCUUGAGUGUCCCUACUUUUUCAUCGAGAUGGACAUUAUCCACGGAAGUCGUGUUGUGGAGAAACACCGGUUCUGCCUUCUGGAGAUGCAGGAGUGUUUUGAGACGUACUGUAUGAGAAAAGACCAGGCAGAACUGAGUCUUGACCACAUCAAGUCCAGCAUCAAACAGCAGUCACUGGGAGAUGGAAGCUGCUUUCCUAUCACAUGUACAGAUGAACAGAAGCUGGACCUGUGUCAACGAGUGUACAAGCUCAUCUUCCAACUCGUUCUUCUGUUUGAGAGCUUCAUCAAACUGCUGGACUGCUUCGACCUUGUCAAAACAAACACACAGGUAAACGAUCUCUCUAGCCAAGUGGAGAGUAUUCAAGGGGAGAUAAAAAGUGCCCUAUCAGAGCUGGAGAAUGGACAGGCAUCCCCCUUCAAUGUGGACUCGCCCAAGUCACUAAGCAAGCAGGAGGCAUUUACUGGACUAGCAGAGUAUCUUAAAUCACAGCAAUACCAGAAGGCACUACAGCUUCUUAGGUCCUACAGGUCAAUGUGGCCGGGAGAGAUGUUUGGUCAGAAUGUGGAUGAUGAUCUCUCCACGCUUCUAAAUGUCUACUGUCUUGGUGUGGCAGAGAAAAAGUCUGGAGUGUAUGUGUUCACAAAGAGCCAGUUUGACAUUGGAGUACUUCACACACUAUUACUGGACAUCAACCAGCAGUUACGAACAUGGACUGUCAACUCCCCCCAUCCCUCAGUGUCAGAAAACAACGACCUACUUGACUCCAGCACACUAUGACUAUAAGGGAUUGGCAGCGAGAAGGAUGUGAUGAUUAAAAUACUGAUGUGAUUUCUACUUCCUGUUUGAACAAAAAGAAAGUGAACUUUUCAUGAAGUAUUUUAUCAAAAGAAAUUUAAGAUUAAUUAUAAGAAAUCAAGUGAUUCAAAAGAAUCAGCAUACAUUGUAGAAAAGAUGGGUUGAAUUUCAAUGUGGAAAGUGGCCCUGAAUCCUAUUCUAUCAGGAGUUGUGACAUACCAUUCCGUGAUUUCUUUCAUCAAUUCACAAAUGUUUCUUCAAUAACAGUAUUAAAUUUCGGAUUAAUGCAAGUUGUUGUGAAAAUUGUAACAGAUUGCUGUCCAUUGUUGUAUUGCUGGACAUGGGAAUUGGCAUCAGAAAAUCAGAAAAUGAUUAUUUCACCAUGGUUGCCAAAUUCACUUAUAUUUUUAACUUAAGCCUGCCAAUGAUGACCUAGAAAACUAAUUAAAGCAGCAGGUCUAUGGCAAACUUGCUUCCUUAUUUAUUUGUACAUAUAGACAUUAUUUGUACAUGCUGUAAUCUGUACUCAGCAAACAGAUUUGCAUUUAUUUGUUCUUUUUAAUUUUACAGUGCAUUUAUUAUUCUUUGGGAUCAAAAUACUCUUCAAUCUUGAUUUCUUGUUUUUGUCAUAUUUAUGAACAAAGCAGAGUUUAUAUCCAUUUUUCCAAACUAUUUGUUACUGGAUUUUUAAUUUUAUUGUACCUGCAUUAAGUCUUGUUUUACUUAACUCUAUAUGUUUCUUAUUUAUUAUAAAUGACAGUUAUCACAUCCAUAGACUUUUUCUGACUUAUAAAUGACAUUUAUAUAAUUUCUAUUGACAUUUCUUAGUUGAUUUGUAUAUAAUUUUAUUGCACAAAUUAUAUUGUCAUUAAUUACAAUUUCCCAUCAUGAAAACAUAUUCGACAGAUUUCACCGGCAUUGCAAUUGUAAGAAAAUAUUGUGUAUAUGUAUAUCAUGCAACCCUGAUAGUACAUCCAUACUUUCAUUUCUAUCCUAGUGCAAACUUGAUUUUUGACAAUGUAUUCUUGUCAAUGUGUUGAUACUAGUGUGGAAUGUAGCAGAAGACGUUGAUUUUAAUGGUUAUGUAUCAUUACCAGCUUAUGUGGUAUAUAGAUUGCAGCGACUUGUAAUUUGAAGGUUACAGUGAUUUGAAAACAUUCUAUUUUGAGUGACUUUUAAUAUUCAGUUUCUUCUGUCUCAGGAUAAGUAGCUGUAUUUUUGUACGAAAUCAUCUUUAUAUUCUUAAAUUGAAAUAAGAUCACCAUCAUUUUCUCAAAUUCUAUGCUCUUGCCAGUUAUAUAUUUGUGUUCUUAUUGCAUAAACCAUUUUUAAAAGUUAGUAAUGUGAUUCCGUAUUUGCUUAAUUAUUAUGCCCCCCUUCGAAGAAGAGGGGUAUAUUGCUUUGCACAGGCAUGUCGGUAUGUCGGUCGGUCGGUCUGUCCGUCCGUCGGUAGACCAAAGCUUGUCCGAGUGAUAACUCAACAAUUCCUGGACGUAUGGUCAUCAAACUUCACAAGAAGGUUGGGCCUGACCAGUAGAUAAACCCUAUUGAUUUUGGGGGUCAUCGGGUCAAAGGUCAAGGUCACAGUGACCUUUAAUGGUAUUUUUUUUUAAAGCUUGUCCGAGUGCUAACUCAACAAUGCCUGCACCCAUGGCCCUUAAACUUGACAUGGAGGUUGGGCCUGACCAGUAGAUGACCCCUAUUGUUUUUUGGGGAUCAUCAGGUUAAAGGUCAAGGUCACAGUGACCUUGAAUGGUAAAAGGUUGUCCGAGUGAUAACGUGACAAUGCCUGCACCCAUGGCCCUCAAACUUGACUUGGAGGUUGGGCCUGACGAGUAGCUGACCCCUAUUGUUUUUUGGGCUCAAUGGGUCAAAGGUCAAGGUCACAGUGACCUUGAAUGGUAAAAGGUUGUUCGAGUGAUAACUCAACAAUGCCUGCAUCCAUGGCCCUCAAACUUGACUUGGAGGUUGGGCCUGACCAGUCGAUGACCCCUAUUGUUUUUGGGGGUCAUUGGGCCAAAGGUCAAGGUCACAGUGACCUUGAAUGGUAAAAGGUUGUCCGAUUGAUAACUCAACAAUGCCUGCACCCAUGGCCCUCAAACUUGACUUGGAGAAUUGGCCUGACCAGGAGAUGACCCCUAUUGAUUUAAGGGGUCAUUGGGCCAAAGGUCAAGGUCACAGUGACCUGGAAUGGUAAAAGGUUAUCCGAGUGAUAACUUGACUAUGGCUGCACCCAUGGCCCUCAAACUUGAUUUGAAGGUUGAGCCUGGCCAGAAGAUUGUCCCUAUUAAUUUUAGGGGUCAUUGGGCCAAAGGUCAAGGUCACAGUGACCUUGAAUGAUAAAAGGUUGUCCAAGUGAUAACUCAACAAUGCCUGCACCCAUGGCCCUCAAACUUGACAUGGAGGUUGGGCCUGACCAGUAGAUGACCCCUAUUGAUUUUAGGGGUCAAAGGUCAAGGUCACAGUGACCUUGAAAGCAAACUCGACAAUUCUUGGACCUAUGGUCAUCAAACUUGACAUGAAGGUUGGGCCUGCCCAGUAGAUGACCCCUAUCGACUUUGGGGGUCAUCAGGCCAAGGUCAAUGUCACAGUAACCUUUAACGCAAAAAGUUAUCAAAUCUUCCCCCACUGAUAUCUUAACAAUGCCUGAACCUAUGAUCAUUAAAUUUGACAUGGAUGUUAAGCCUGACCAGGCACUCAACAAUGCCUGAACCCAUGACCUUCAAACUUGAAUUGGAGUUGCAUCUGACUUGUAGAUGACCCCUUAUGAUUUAAGGGGUCAUCGGGUCAAAGUUCAAGGUCGCAGUGACCUUGAACGAAAAAAACUUGUCUUGUGAUAACUUGACAAUGCCUGCACCCAUGGCCCUCAAACUUGACAUUAAGGUUUCAGGUGACCAGCUGAUGACUCUGGAUUUUGAGUUCAUAGAGUCAAAGGUCAUGACGGUCAUAUCACACUUUAUCCUCACACUUUAAUGGUCAUUAUCUUAAAACAGCAACAAAACAGCUGUCAUUACGGUCCAUGCAUAUUUCAUUCAAUUGUCCAUAUAAUCCUGACAACAUGGCGCUCAGGGGGGGCAUAAUGUUUGACAAACAUCUCUUGUUAAAAUUUAGUGUUCAGGCUCAUGAAGGCCGAAAACCCAUUAGCCUGCCGACUUUAUCAUUUGGAAGGCCAAAAACAAAAUAUCUGAAAUGUCAUUUUUUGGUUCUCAUUUAAUAAGCUUUUUCUCAAUGAAUUUUGUUGUAUAUCCCACUGUUCCCAUACAUAGGCCAGUCAUGCAUAAUCAAUGUUCACAUUUGUGUAAAAUAGAACAAAAAUAAAGGCUGUAGAUUUCAUUCAGUUUCCCCAUUAUUUCUAUAAAAUCCUUGUUCAUGUUUUUAGACCAUUUUUCUUCACAUUGCAUAUUGUAAGCUAAACUGUACAAGGAUUUGUACCUUUAUUGUGAGUAGAAUCUGUAUGAUCAAACAUGUGUCUCUAUGUUGGUCAGAAAAUAAGAUUUGCUUAAACCAAUCGAGUAUUACUGUGAGCUAGAGUGUGUUUGUUUCAUGUUCUUGUUUGGUUGCGAUCUGUGUUUAUGUCUGUUUUGGUCUGUUACUGAUGCAUCUUUCUUCACUGUGCCAAAUAUAUAUAAAUCAUAAAAGUUCUAUGUUGUAUGAAGAGUAAUAAAGGUUUGUAUACAUUA